AUGAAGCCAUCGGACUUGCUGCUGGUGUUGCAAAAGAAAUGUCUAAAUACCCUGGAUCUGACAUCCUUGGGCAUUGGGUCAUGUUGCGGCACCGGCAUGUACCUGGUUGCUGGCCUGGUGGCCCAAAGGAUGGCUGGACCCGGUGUGGUGAUUAGUUUUAUUAUAGCCGCCAUAGCAAGCAUAUUCUCAGGCGCUUGCUAUGCGGAAUUUGGCGUUCGAGUGCCACACACUUCCGGCUCAGCCUAUAUGUAUUCAUAUGUGGCAGUUGGAGAAUUUGUAGCUUUUAUAAUUGGUUGGAACAUGAUAUUGGAAUAUCUAAUAGGAACAAGUGCCUGUGCAUGUGCAUUAAGCUCAAGUUUUGAUUCAUUGACGGGCAAUGCCAUUGCGACUGCGAUGAGUGAGUCAAUUGGCACCAUAUUUGGCAAACCACCUGACUUUAUAGCCUUUGGCAUAACACUCAUCAUGACCAGCGUUUUGGCGAUGGGCGCCAGCAAAUCUGUUAUCUUCAAUCACACCCUAAAUGCCAUCAAUCUGGCCACGUGGGUGUUCGUUAUGGCCGCAGGGCUCUUUUACGUUGAUACGAAAACGUGGUCGGAGCAUCAGGGCUUUCUGCCCUAUGGCUGGAGUGGCGUUUUCUCGGGUGCCGCCACCUGUUUCUAUGCAUUUAUUGGUUUCGAUAUCAUCGCAACCACCGGCGAGGAGGCGCACAAUCCGCAAAAGAGCAUACCGAAGGCAAUCGUUGGCUCCCUCAUCGUUGUCCUCAUUGCCUAUGUCAGCGUUAGUCUAGUCCUUACUUUAGUCGUGCCCUAUGAUCACAUCAAUGUGGGCGCCGCUCUAGUGCAGAUGUGGUCCUAUGUGAAUGCGCCCAAGUGCCGUGCUGUGGUUGCGGUUGGUGCCACAGCUGGCCUCUCGGUGGCCAUGUUUGGUUCAAUGUUUCCGAUGCCGCGCGUCAUCUACGCCAUGGCCCAGGAUGGCUUGAUAUUCAGGCAAUUGUCGCAUCUGUGGCAGCGCACAAACGUGCCCGGCUUGGCGACGGUGGGCAGCGGACUGGCCGCCGCGCUGGUUGCCCUAACCGUGCGGCUGGACAUUCUCGUGGAGAUGAUGUCGAUCGGCACGCUGCUGGCCUACACCCUGGUGUCCACCUGUGUGCUGGUGCUGCGCUAUCAGCCGCAUAGCACGUCGCUGGUGGAGCUGCUGCCGGCGCAGUUGCGCACGCCGCUGGCGCCGGGCACCGCCACGGAUCCGCAUGCUCGUCCGUCGGAGGUCCUCGAGCCGACUAAGCUAACGAUCAAGCGUGUGACGCGCGGCAUGUCCGACUCGGACGAUUCGUUUAUCGAUGACAGUCCGGAGGGCUAUUUGGGUGGGCGGGACGAUCAGUUUUUGGUGUCGGAUCGCUCCGAGAACAAGUUCUAUGGCAGCGUCCAUGGUGCCCCCACCGGACCCACUGGACAGGCCACCGCCUUUGAUACGAUGGGCCUUAAUUUUAUAACGCGCAAGAUUCAUGACUAUGCGUACCUGUGCCCCGGUUUCUUUCCCUGGGUGAAUCCUGGUCAGGCGACCUCCGAAAGUGGCAUGUAUGUCACGAAACUAGUUGGAAUCAUGUUCGGUCUCAUAUUCUUCUUGGAUUUGUUCGCGGCCAUCGGUUGGUCCGGCGGCCUCGCCAUCUUCAUUUAUAUCAUUUUAUUUAUCGGCAUAUUUGUGAUAUUAUUGAUUAUAUCGAGACAACCACAGAAUAGAUAUGCACUUGCGUUUUUAACGCCUGGACUUCCAUUUAUUCCGGCUAUCGCAAUAACUGUUAACAUUUAUUUAAUAUUUAAGCUAAGCAUACUGACCCUCAUUAGGUUCACUGUAUGGAUGACUCUCGGCUUCAUAAUGUACUUCUACUACGGCAUCACGCACAGCAGCAUGGAGCAGACCAGCGACGAGCUCGAGCUGCAUGUCGACAAGGAUUAUAGCAAAAACGUGGAUGACAAAGCCGUUUGGGAUCAGCAGUCCUACAACCAGACGCAUGAACCCGUCUGGGCCAGCAAGGAAGUGAAGCAGUCCACAAGUAAGUCACGCCCUAGAUUCAUAGACUCAUGA